AUCGCGCUUGAUCGGGAUGGACGCCCGCGCGCGUGCGAAGCGCUACGAGAAGUUGGCCUUCCUGGGCGAAGGGCAGUUGCUACAGUUUAUAAAGCAAGAGACAAGAAUACAAAUCAAAUUGUUGCUAUUAAAAAGAUCAAACUUGGGCAUAGAUCAGAAGCUAAAGAUGGUAUAAACAGAACAGCCCUUAGAGAAAUAAAGCUACUGCAGGAGCUUAGCCAUCCAAAUAUUAUAGGGCUUCUUGAUGCAUUUGGACACAAAUCUAACAUUAGUCUAGUAUUUGAUUUUAUGGAAACUGAUCUAGAGGUUAUAAUAAAGGAUACUAGUCUUGUAUUGACACCUUCUCACAUCAAAGCGUACAUGCUGAUGACACUUCAAGGUUUAGAAUAUUUACACGAACACUGGAUCCUUCAUAGGGAUCUUAAACCAAAUAACCUGUUGCUAGAUGAAAAUGGAGUUUUGAAACUGGCUGACUUUGGUUUGGCAAAAUCUUUUGGAAGUCCUAACAGAGUUUACACCCACCAAGUAGUAACAAGGUGGUAUCGAGCUCCUGAGCUACUGUUUGGUGCUAGAAUGUAUGGUGUAGGCGUGGAUAUGUGGGCAGUGGGCUGCAUAUUGGCUGAAUUGCUUCUAAGGGUUCCGUUUUUGCCAGGAGACUCUGACCUGGAUCAACUCACAAAGAUAUUUGAAACCUUGGGUACUCCAACAGAGGAGCAGUGGCCUGGUAUGACCAAUCUUCCAGAUUAUGUGACUUUUAAAAGUUUCCCUGGAAUGCCACUUCAUCACAUCUUCAGUGCUGCUGGUGAUGAUUUGCUAGAACUGCUGCAAGGCUUAUUUACAUUUAAUCCUUCUACUAGGGUCACAGCUACUCAGGCACUAAAACAGAAGUAUUUUAGCAAUCGGCCAGCACCAACACCUGGAAGCCAGUUGCCAAGACCCAAUUGCCCUGCAGAAGCCUUGAAAGAGCAACAAAACCCAGCUCCAAAUUUGAAAAGGAAAAGACUGGAUGGACUAGAUCAAGGGUUACCAAAAAAAUUGGUGUUUUGACUACUGUGGAAAUGGAUGUUGAAUAUUUCUGCUGCUAUGAAUUCUGAAAAGAUCAAAUAAUGUGAAAACUCAAAAGUCACAAUAUGGAUUAAAGCGUAAUUUGUAAAUGUAAACAUGUAAAAUGUGUGUAGUGUUAAACUCUAAAAACCAUGUAUUUUUAUUGCUUUGCUUUUUUAAAAAAUAAAAAAGUUAAAGACUCA